UUUAUUAUUGGUUAGUCGUAGUUUCCUUCCACCACGGACGUAGCGCCAGCUAAUUUGUUGAUAUUUUUUUCGCGAAAAACAUUUGCUGCACUCCUGCUCAAUCAUUGACAUCAACGUGUUAGCUCCGUCAGUUGUUGAUAUUUACCGUCUAAUAUCUUCCCUCCAAACGGUUGCUGACGCCAUCGCCCAGUGACUCAAUCCACAUCGCUGCACUUGUUUUGUGUGUUAUUUACGUGGAACUUACCUCCCCUCUCAUUGACUGGUGUGUGUGUGUGUGUUUGUGUGUGUCAGUGUGUUGGUGGCCCAAUCCGUAUGGCGUGAUGUUGUUGUUAUUAUCGGAUGUUGUUGACGGCAGCGAAAAGUCGUUAAGUAGGACCGACCGCGGCAUUAGAAAUUUAGUCUCGGACUCACACCCCACCAGCAAACAAGAAUCAACUACACCGUGAAGGCACACCCCAGGUCGUGCCCCCAAACAAGAGAGACAAGAACAGUUUUCAAAGCGAAUGAACUUAAAGGAAGUGAUAAAGGAUAUAAACGAUUUAAAAAGGAUACAAAAGUGAAACCCAAACACGCGCAUAUAGAGUCGUGCGAACAAAGGGACAGUGUGAAAUACAGAGAAGUUUGAACAAGUGUGUGCCUUGUUUUUGGUGGUGUGCAUUAUUGGGGGUGCUACUUUUGUGCUUAAUUUAGUUCGAUCGAGCGCGUGUGUGGCAUUGUGUAACACACACACACUCAGUGUGUGAAGCACAGUAGGCGAGCAGAUCGCCUUUUCAGUGGAAAACGACAGUGCGGGAACCUACCACACAACAGAAACACACAAAAUUGUAUCAAAAAGUACACAAAAAAUUAAGAAGUUAAUAAAAAAUUACCCCGAAAAAAGUGUCAUAUUGAGAUUGUGCUAAGAGAAGGAAAAAAAAUCUAAAUUAUUGUACAAAAAAGUCGGGAAAAGGAGGUGUGAAAAACGUGUUUUCCAGCCAACCACCAAAAAAGGAUGCAAAUCGAGUACAGAAAGUGUACCAAAUUGUUUUCCGGCUGUGGCGUUGCAUCGCUGCUGGGAGUGUUAAGCUAUGAAGCAUACCGUACGUACGCAGCCCUUUCCUCGCUGGUCGACACACGCGUGCUAGACAUUGACCGGAAGCGCCCAGAUUACAUCUACAUCAAGCAUCACAUCUACCGACAGUCGCUGCGCGAGCGCGCUCUCGAUGCGGAGAACCAGCACCGGCUGCUGAACAUCAUCGUGCAGCCGUUCGAGAAAUGGUGGAAAGCGCUCAAGCAUUCCGUGGCCUGGCGGCUGCUCCGGAUCGCCCAGCGGGGCGAUCAGGCCGAGCGGCUGAAGGCCAUCCACCAGCUCGCACAGAUUGACCAUUUAAAGGAUUGGGACUUUCAACACUUGGCGCAGCUGUGCGACUACCGGACGGCGAUCUCGCUGGCCCGCUCGAACUGUGACACGCGCUGGUUUCUGCCGCCGCGCCAGUACGGCGUCGAGAAGGAGAUGCGCGAGGUGCUGGUGGAGAUGAAGUCGCUGCUCGAGCUGCUGGCCCCGCACAAGUGUGCUGCGUACGCGCUGGAGCAAACGUUCGGCAGCUCGGGACACAUCCGCGAGCCGGACGGUGAUGAGGUGACGUACCAGAUGUCACCGUCCCGGUUCGAGUACGAUCAGCUCAAGCAGUCGCUCAGUGCGCUCGUGCAUCUGACGGGGCUGGUCGGGCCGGAGGGUAAGCAGCACUGCCGGCGGAUUGUGGAUGCGGGUGGGCUGCUGAUGCUGCUGGAGGCGGAAAAGCUGUUCCGGGAGGAUAUUGAUAUGAAGCUGCUGAUUAGCCGGCUGGUGGGCAAUCUGUCCGCGUGCGAAGGGCUGGGGUACGAGUUUUACGCGAGCGGUUGGAUCGGCAUACUGGCCCGGUGGAAGCGGGACGUUGAUAUGCGCAUGCAGGUGACGGCGGACCUGACGCUGGAAAAUUUGGACCAAGACGAUCCGAACGGGUUCCGGUAUGCGCCGAAGGUGUACCCGUUGCAUCCGCGCGGCCGCCAGCAAGCCAAACCGGCCGUCGAUGUCGUCUUCAUCCAUGGACUUUUGGGGGGUGUAUUUGUGACGUGGCGCCAGAAGGAUCUCAAACCGCAAGCUGCCAGUCUGCUAGGUAAGAAACACAAAGACGUUCAUUUAGUUUCCACAUCGUCGCCUUCCUUCACCAACGACAUUGCACCGACGGACGUCGACAUACCGCCGAACCGGACAGGACAGCGAACCGAGGUCGCUUACGCUGCUUGCACGUACAAAAGCUGGUCCGCUAGAAAGUCCUCCUUCGAAGAGGAGGACCACGCCCGGACAGCUGAAGAGGGCAUUACCGCGUACAAGGAUGAGCUGCUAACGUUCCAGGAAUCGACCAAUAGCGGACCACGGGACGCAUCGAUCAGUGAUACCGAAACGAAAGAGCUAAUUGAAGCACUGCAACAGGAGGAACCACUCGGUGCCGACUGGACCGUCGUCUACCCGGACGUCCCCCUAGCAGCGGACGAGGAUGCGCACACUGGCAAGCCCACCGCCACCGCGGACGGUGCCACCUGCAGCGUGUCGGGCGACCAGUGGCUACAGGAACCGCUCGACUCGACACAGCGAUCGUUCUGCUGGCCGAUGGAAUGGCUCCCGAAAGACUUCCCCAGCAUUCGCGUGCUCGGCCUGGACUACGAGUCCUCCCUGUCGCAGUGGUCGGCGACCGGCUGCCCGUGCGAGAAGUACGACGGCAAGCUGCAGAAGCGGGCGGCCGAAUUCCUCGAAAAGCUGGCCACCUCGGACGUCGGGCAGGAUCGGCCCAUCAUCUGGGUCGGCCACUCCAUGGGCGGACUGCUGAUCAAGAGCAUCAUGGUGCAGGCGCUCGAAAGUCCCAACCCCAAAGUGCGCCGGUUGGCGGAAAACUCGCGCGUCGUCAUGUUCCUCGGUACGCCCCACCGCGGCAGUGGUGUUGCGAAACUGAAGCAGCACACAUCCGCCCUCGUUUGGCCCUCGGUCGAGGUGCAGGAGCUGGAGGAAAACUCCACCCAUCUGCUGCAUCUGAACAAAAGCUUCCUCCGCUCGGUCGAUUCGCUGGGAGUGCGCCGGCCAAAAAUCAUUACCCUCUGCGAGGGCAAGCCAACCGUGCUGACGUCGUUCAAGCUGGCCAUACACGUGGUGCCGGAAAGUUCGGCCCGGAUCGAUGCGGGCGAUUUCUACCUCACCAGCGAGGACCAUCUCAAUCUCAGCAAACCGAUCUGCCGGCAGUCAUUCCUGUACCAGCGGCUAGUCGGUGCCAUCCAGGAGGCGAUCCGGUCCGGCGGCCCGGACAGUGUUAAGCUGGCCAACGUGGCGCAAGUAAUGCCGAAAGCCGCCCAGCAGCAGCUCAUUUUCCACGGCACAAAGAAGAGCGCCGGCAGCACAGCAGCAUCGUCCGCUCUGUCCGGGCUUUACACGCAGCUCAAGCAGUUCGAGCAGCUGAUGAAUGUGUUUAUCUAAAUCCAGACAUGGCACAAACACACACACACACCAGUUACCUCCACGCACCUCAGCCAAAGCUUGGACAACGAGACAACAUCGCAUUUCGACUUUCGAUGUAAGAAUGUGAUGAACUUAGGGUUAGGAUCGUGUUGAUUUAAGGUUGCUCUCCCGUGUUUGGUUGGUCGUUUUUGCCUCGCAACACACAGAGCAACAUCGCACACCGCAGGGUUUAGUUUUGUAGUUAUUUAUUUUUUUGUUACACAUAGGGGUUUUUUUUAAUUUGCAACUGUUGUUACCCCCCUCCCUCGCUUGCGAAGAAGCAUUACGAAUUUGACGGAUUUACACCGAGAAAGUAUUUGUUAACAAAAUAAAAGUUACAGCAAUGAAAUAAUGGCAUUCAUAUGUUUAGAUUAUUAUGGGAAAAAAUGAUUUUUUUAGGCGGUAUCAAUUCCGGCUAUCUCUGAUGUUUUUGGGAUCGAUUCCGCAUGGUAGGUUCGGAAUCAGUCUCCCGAAUCGAUUACGAAAUAGGCUCAAGAAUUGGCUCCGUAUUCGGCUCCGGAAUCAGUAUCAGAUCCGGAGUCGGAAUCAGAUCCAGAAUCGAAAUCGGAAUCUUCUGCGGAAUUGGCUCGGGAUUCGGCUCCAGAAUUUAAAUUCACAGCGGAGUCGGAAUCGGUUUCUGAGUUGGAAUCGGUUCCGGAGUCCGAAUCAGGUCAAGAAUCGAGAUCGGAUUCGGCUACAGAAUAGGCUCAAGAAUUGGCUCCGUAUUCGGCUCCGUAAUCAGUAUCAGAUCCGGAGUCGGAAUCAGAUCCAGAAUCGAAAUCGAAAUCGGAAUCGUAUCCGGAAUUGGCUCGCGAUUCGGCUCCAGAAUUUAAAUCCACUCCAGAAUCAGAAUCGGAGUCGAAGUUGUAGUCGGAAUCGGUUCCGGAGUCAGAAUCAGGUACAGAAUCGAAAUCGAAAACAGCUCCGAAAUCAGGUCCGGCAUUGAAAUCGGUUCUGGCAUCUCCAAAAGAAUAGGCGUUUGGGUCCAAUGAUGCUUCGUAUUGAUAGCCGCAAAAAAUCCAAUUUUUCUUGUUAACAUUCCAUUCUCAUGGAGAUUCCUGAAUUGAUUUCGCUUCCAAAACUUCUUAUCUCAGUUCAAGAACUGAUUCUCAUUCCAGAGCUAAUCCCAAUUCUGGAGUCAAUCCUGAUUCUGCUAUCGGAGCAAAUUGCGAUUCCAAGGACGAUUCUGAUUUCGGGGAGUCGAUUCCGAUUACGGAAUAAAAUCUAAUCCAUCAUCGGAAUCAGCUCCCGGAAUUGAUUCCAAACACGGAAUCGGAGCUCCUGCCGCUAUAGUUUGAAAAGUGUUGAAAGAAACGAAAAUUUGCAGCUAAGUUGAACCUAAAAUUUGAUCAGGGAAAAGGUUCGUCGCCUUCGGAUAAGAAAUCCAAAAAUAUUUGCUAUUUUAUAUCGUUCAUUAUGGACUCUGUGUCCAUCGAACGAAUCUUUAUUUGCGUGAGAAGUGGUUCCCCAUAUCAGUAGAGCACACACUAACCCACCCCUCGGUAAACCUACGCUAACUCCUCUCUCACUCACUCUCUUUCUAUCAUCGCACUGUUUUUAUCGAUUAUCACAAAAUAAAGCAGUUGUCUUACAUCUGUUUAAGGCUCUGCUUUCUCAACGCACUUCCGACCUCCAGCUUUGCUAGGUGUCGCACAAACUUUUGCUGUAACAGUGUUCAAAACUUCACUUCUGCGGUCCAAAAGCAGCAAACUUAACGCAAAAUUAAAAUGUAAAAAACAAUCA